UGUCAGACUCAGUGCCACGUCAGCAAUGACGUCAGACACAGUGCCACAUAAGCAGUGCCACAUCAGCAGUGCCACGUUAGACACAGUGCCACAUCAGCAGUGCCAUGUCAGACACAGUGCCACGUCAGCAGUGCCACAUCAGCAGUGCCACGUCAGACACAGUGCCACGUCAGACAAAGUGCCACGUCAGCAACAUGACGGGCCUGCCAGGCCAAUUGGCCAAUGAGCCCAUUGCCGACUACAAAAAGCGUGUCCAUGCUCAGCUCGCUGCAAUCGAGGCUGAGGAACAACGCCAGCUGGCAGUCAAGGCUGCCCAGCUACAGGCUGAUGAAGCGGCAACAGCAGAGAAGCUGCGGCUACAGGCCGAAGCAGACGCAGAUGCCCAGGCUCGUCGCAAGGAAGCCCAGGCUCUGCUGCAGCGGCAUGAAGCCAACAGCAUCGAGAAACUCAAGUACUGGCAUUUUGAACCGAACGGCGACGAGCCAACACCGGAAGAACAGCAUAAGGAACUCAUGGCCAAGCUCGUGAGCAGGUUGGUUUACACAUGUAACCACCUACACUCCGAGCUGGCAAACCUUCAGCGGGCCGUGCGGGACCAUAAGAGUCAGCACGAGGAUGCCACACGGGCACUGGACGCCCGUGUACCGGACCUGGAACAGGCUAUACCAGGACCAGCUGCUCGGGCUUCCAGCAGUGCACCCUCUAGCCGCCAACUGGAGGACCACGUUGACCACGUAGUGGCAAUGCUCGGCGACAUCAGCACUUUCGUUGCGCCGACCACCACCAUCAGCAGUCAACUGCAUACAUUGAAGACCGAGGUCCAACAGCUGCAGACGACGAACGAGGAUGGCAACCCGAAGAUGUAUAAGAUGCCAACUUUCAAUCUGGAGAGGUUCGACGACUACACGCAGCAGGAUCCGGUCCUCUGGUGGGAAGCAUUCACAACGCAACUCAGGAUUCUGCCCGUAGCCAAGCAUGCGUACAAUGUCAUCGACGCCCUGUUCCUGAACUCAAAGGGCGGAUGCCAACCUGUGCCCAAUCUAGAGCUGCCUUUCACUCCCCUCAGACGUGAGAUCUACAAUAGAUCCUGCACUGCAUUGAGCCAGACUCUUGGUGAUUGCGAGCAGUACUCCACUUUCGCCGAGAUUAUCGACAAGGCGAGGGAGAUUAUCAAGACCAAUAGGUCAGCUGCACACGACAAGUCACCAUGGCAGCCGACCUAUGUGGAGAAGGUACGAACUGGUCCGCGACAGCAGCACUUCGCUGCAGUCCAGCAGGACAGUGGAGAUAACCCAGCAGCCACUCCAACAUCAAGUGACGGAGAUCACGUGGCUGUUGUCCAGCCGCGAAGCAACAACAAGUUCCGCAACAAUGGGAAGGCGAAAUCCACAUCACAGGCAAAAAAUGGACAACCAGUACAAGUUCCAUGGGUCAAGUUUGGCUUGACCGAGGCGGAGUACAAGCUCGGGAAACUGAGCUCCGCGGAAGGUGAGGCGACUCCACCUUCUACUCCGCUAGAUUCGGCCGCCUUGCUAGCGGCCUCCUCCACAUCUGGGGAGGAUGCGAAUGUCGCAAGUCCUCGGUAUUCUUACGAGGAUUAUGCUGUCCACUUGGUUCCACCGCUGGACCAACCGCUCCAAGUGCAACAGUCCACCGCAUGCACGGUUUCAUCACCAUCGGCAACUGAUUCGGCAGCUUCGCCGCAAUCUAUCACCGGGGAUUCGACAUCAUGGUCAAGACUUGAAGAGCUCGACCCGUUGACGUUCACGGACUUCCAGUGGAUGCCCGUUCCCUCAACCGGACGAUUGCCGAACCUGCAUUGCAAUGUGCUCAUGGCACAACUGCGGGACUACUUGCACACUGCAGUACCAACUCCGUUGAUGGACGCCGGAGCAGAGGUUGUCGACCUUCACGCUUACAUCGCGAAGAUCGACCGCGAGUUUAAGACUCAAUGGUACGACGACAUCGACGCACCAUUGCUAUACGUACGCAUUCAGAUCGGAGAGGCGACCUGCAGUGCCUUGAUCGAUUGCGGAGCAUCCCGCAACUACAUCAGCCAGGACUUCAUGACGAUCAGGAACGCCGGUCCUCUCCCACGCAUCGACGACCUUCUCGAGCGAUUGGGCGGCACCCAAUUCUUCUCUAAGCUGGAUCUCAAGUCAGGAUAUCACCAACUCGAGAUUCGCAAGGAGGAUCGCUACAAGACCGCGUUCAAGACACGGUAUGGGCAUUUCGAAUCGCUGGUCAUGCCAUUUGGCCUUACGAAUGCCCCAACCACUUUCCAAGCGGCUAUGACGACGGAGUUCCGACACAUGCUGGAUCGUUUCGUACUUAUCUACCUCGACGACAUUCUGGUUUACAGCCGGAGUCUGGACGAGCAAGUGGAACACUUGCGCAUCGUUUUGGAGCGGCUACGACAGGCCAAGUACAAAGCAAACCGCGACAAAUGCGAGUUCGCACAGCAGGAGCUGGAGUACUUGGGACACUAUGUGACGCCGCAAGGCAUCCGUCCGCUUGCGGACAAGAUCGAGGCCCUACGAGUAUGGUCCGAGCCCACCAACACCACGGGCGUUCGUUCAUUCAUGGGGUUGGCGGGCUACUAUCAGCGAUUCAUCACCGGAUACUCUAGGAUUGCUGCACCUAUGACGAGGUUACAGUCGCCAAAGGUGCCAUUCGUAUUCGAUGACAACGCACGCCGGUCAUUCCAAGCACUUAAGACGGCUAUGCUCAUGGCACCCGUCCUUAGCAUCAAUGACCCCACCCUGCCGACGCGAGUGACUACGGACGCUUCCGGCUAUGGCAUUGGGGCAGAGUCUGGCACAACAAUGAAACCAAGUUCGGCUCGACAUCCUCAGACAGACGGGCAGACGGAGCGGGCACAUGAAACCGCUCAAAUGAUGCUUCGUACGCUCAUCCGUCCGGACCAGAAAGAUUGGGUUGACCGCCUCCCCGACAUCGAGUUCGCCUACAACACUUCGGUGCAUCCGGCGAUCGGCGUGACUCCAUUCGAGUUGCACCAUGGUGGACGGAAAGGCCGGAUCUUCGCCGACCUUCUCCUCCCUCGACCAGCCGACAUUGACGCUGCCUGCUCUCCCGCUUCCGUCCGGAAGUACAGGGAAUUGCUGACUCAAGCCCGCGCAAAUAUGCAAAAGCCUCAAGUCCGCAUGCAACAGCAAGCCAACAGGCGUCGCGUACCAUGUCCCAUCCGCGCCGGUGAUCUGGUUUGGGUCUCCGCGAAAGAGUUUGCACUCGAACAGGUUGUUUCACGCAAACUGCUUCCCAAGUGGUUUGGACCUUGGUCGGUGACAGCAGCCGCGGGCGAUGAGCCCGAUGGCCCUUCAUUUGUGAUCAACAUUCCAGAGCAUCUGACGGUCCAUCCGGUCUUCCACGCCUCGAAGCUGGCAACAUACACGCCAGCCAAGAGCGACGACUUUCCAGACCGACGAUUGCAGGACCCUCCUUCUAUGGAUGGCCAUCAGGAAGUUGACCGCGUCAUCUCCGAUCGUAAGUACGGCAGCAAGCCGCGGCAGUACAAAGUCACAUUCAAAGCAUGCGAUCGCGACGACACUCGGUGGAUUUCAGGCGCAGAUUUGAAAGCAUCCGCACCGCUGAUCUACGCGCAUUAUGAAAAGCGGAGGUUAGCUCAGGAAGCUUCACGACCAGCCCCUCCCGCCCGGACUGUGGUCCCUCCCUUAGACAGACAGCUUCGCCCUCGCAGGCAAGCUCGGUUCUUGUGGCAUACUGCGUAGCCACUCGGGCCCUGCAGGGCCCGUCCCGGACAUUCAGCCGAAAAGCCUAAAACUUAGGGCUUACAGGCCCCGUUCGUUU